UUAUUUUCAAUAAUAUAAUAUAUAUGUGUGCGCGCACGUAUUUAUGCUACCAUGUAACUAGAUAGGUUAAAUUUUCUUAGAAUUGAGUUUUAGGCCUAACUCAAUGGGCUCUAGUUUAUAAACACUUAUUCAGGCCAUAUCACAACCGAUGCGUGACUUCUUAACAUCCCGCUCGCGCCAAGCACUAUGGGCUUGAGGCGCGGAUAUGAAUGGUGGAGGGCCCAAUCAGAAACCUGAUUGCAGGCGGCCUGACGAAGUGGCCCAGCGAAUUGUUGAUAGGCUCUGAUACCAUCUUAGAAUUGAGUUUUGGGGUUAUAACUCAACCUUACAAAACCGGUUUGUAAAGUGAGAAUUGUCUUAUAAAACACUUAGUCAGCCAUAUCGCAACCGAUGUACGUACUUAUUAAACGUUGUAGUUGUGCGCAAAUAUUGAUAUGGGAAAUAUUCUUCACGGUGCUAGUAACGACAUGCAUCUUCCUUACAAAAUACAACUGGGAAAGCAUGCGACCAUCAUUAUCAUUAAGUCAAAAACAUGUCACUCUAAAUUACAAACGUUUGACCCGAAUUUGUGUAUGUCAUACACCGUAGAUGGAUCGACAUGUCGCCUCGCGUAUGUGAGAAAUUGCUCCGAAAAUUAUAAACUGAUCAAUAGCUUAACGUUCUUCAUGACUGAUGAUACAUUUUCAAAAGCUUCUGUUUAUUUAACUAUUGCAAAUAGCGAAAACACUAAUGGUCUAUACUUUGUUACCGAGGGUCCAACCAUUGACCAACCUAUAGAUGAAGAAAAGUUGAAUUACGUUAAGUCCAACAGUACUACUACUAAUAUGUUGGGUGUUGUUACUGAAACUAUUGUAGUAGCUUAUGGGAAUGGAAGCAAGGGGGGUUAUAUUAUAACUGAGAAGAAGAAAAGGAGUAAAGAUGAACCACCAUAUAUGGCCACUAUAGCGCACUAUUACGCUGUUAGUAAUGGAAAUUUUUUUAGUCGAAGUAAAUUAGAUAUAGGCCUUUCCGUGAUCGUUAAGGUACGAGCGUCAAAUGAAGCGGGUUUAGAUCUUAAGAUCGAGGGACCUGUGCAACACCCUGUUGCGGCAUUAUAUUAUAUGUUUGAGGAAGUGACUAAAUCGGGGAUUUGGAAGCUGACAUCUUGUCCUCAUUGUGCAAAAAUUCAGAAGAUGCCGCGUAAUCUCAUGCCUUGGCAGCAAUCUGAGAGUGAAGACAGUGCAAAUUUUCAACCACCACGACGUAAUGACAACAAACAAAUCACAAGUUUUAUUGCAAAUGAUGGUGCAAUUAAAGGAAAUCACAAUGGAAAUGUGAUUGUGAGCAGUAGGCAAUCAUUUUUUGGAAGAAAAUUUUAAUUUGGUAGUGAACUUUAUCUCUAUGCUUAGAUUAGAUAUACGUGUGCUAAAUAGUGUAGUGUUGUACAAGAACUUGUAUAUAUUAACUCGUUUCUAAAAAAUGUUAAUUUGUGAUCAAAUUAAUAUUAUAUGGAUCACUCUCAAAUCAAUUAUAUCCAUUAUAGGAGAGCAACUUUGCUAUAUUUGUAUUUGCUCCAUUUAUCAUUUUCAAAUUAUGAAGGUGGGACAUGU